AUGGUCAAUGACAACGACCUGAGGAACAUGAAAACGAACCCAAGAAUCCCAAAAGUCAGAGGCGCAAUCAAGUUGAGACUCCACCAACAAGUCUUCAAAAGCAGCAAGGAGGAGAGCAAGGGCGAUAUCAAGUUUAUCAUGGACAUCAGGACACUCUCAGACGCCAAAGUUGACUCUGGAUCGAUUGUGAUGUACUACAUGGAGACUUGCCGGAAUGUCUUUGGAGAUGACAUCUCAGUCAUGUUAAGCAACGGGUCGCUGGAUGUCGCCGUGUCGUGGAAUGCCUCCAUGAUUGCACUCUUAGACAUCAGCCCCGUAAGGGUCGCGCACCACACAAAGCAGGACACCUUAAGCAUGUUCAGAGUAUUUACGCACGAGAGGAAUGACAACGUCAACCAGCAAUCUCAAUCAUUGUCGCGCUGCAACUUGAAACGUGUCGACUGCCGUCCAGACCUGAAAACAUACAUCGGCAACGGAAGAUUUCACUUUGCUUCGAACCCUGGCGCGGAGUUAGACAAGGAGCUCUUUAUAACAUGCGACGGCAAGGCUCUCAACCUGUACAGUCCUUUCAAACAGUGGUCCCAUAUCCGCCGUAUUCCGCUCGACGAAGAGUCUUCAUUAGGAUACUAUGACCUCGGCGCGGCUCUAUCCAAGCACCUCCGAGGAAGUCACCUGGCGCUCACCAGUAGGAGCAAACAACAUGUUACCGUCUGGGACGUCGAACAGGGGGCCGUGGCGUCAUUUACGGAUCGCCCAACAACCAACACCUUCGCUCUGUCAUCCGAUGGGCUGCUCAUGGUAUUCGUACACCGACAUCAUAUCAAUCUUCAUUCAGCCAAUACCGGGGCUAUGAUCGGAGCUUGCCAUCUGGAGGAAUUGACGAACAAGCACCUCAUCUCCAGCGUUUCUUUUAUCGAGGGCGACAAACGGAUCAUGGCCGAGACGAACUACGAGGAUCCGAACCUUGGCCCACAACACUUGGGAUUCAUCAUCGAUACCACCACCUUGGUUGUUGAGGAUCGGUACUUCUUGCCCCCCAGGGUUUUUUCUCACCAUGCUUCAGUGGACAGUGAACGUCUGGUGUGCUUGCAUCACUACACGCUGGACCUAAUUCAUCUAAAGGACAGGAUUGUCUCCACCCCCGCCUCAUUGCAGAGGACAAGAUGUGAUAACUACUGCACAGAUCAAUUGUCCGCUCAGGGUACCCUGCCUACCGUCCUGCUCGUCCCAUCGUCUGGUCUACAUUUCAAGGCUCAGAAAUUACCCGCAUCGGCGUCAUCCCCUGGAUCGGUGGCUAUCACGGCCUCAAAAAAUAGCAACCCAUCCGAGGAAAAGUUGAUCUUCCAGGUGCCUGGUAAUUACGAUAUCGCUGCCUUCCUUCCGUCUCAUUCUUGCCUUGUCGUCCAGCGCUCAUCCUUGAUCAUGAUCUGGAAACUACCGAGGACCAUCUCUGGAAACCACCAACUUAUUCUUGUGCACAGUCUUGGAUCUGGUCUGGCUUGGCGAGUCUGUCGAGAGCAAAGGAUAUUUUCGCACGGUCUUCAUCCAAAUACGAGCGAAAUGAACGUAUACUUGAAUAUCGAGCACCCAUUCACCUUGGACAACAGCGAGUAUUUCAUGGGUGGCAUGGCUGCUCUCGUCCAAAUGUUUGCAGAUGCGAAUGAGACUUAUCGGAGUCACAUUUUCCAGUACCUCGGACGGCAUAUCAAUACUUAUCCAGACCCGCGGGACACCUUGACAAGUGUUCUUGGCCAUAUUUGCAGCGCUUGGUCCCCGGAUGCCCAUGAGUUGUACUGCUCCUUUUUGAAGGCACUUCUUUAUUCCCCUUCGACGCGUAGGAUCCCACGACCCGACCUUGAAAAGACCUGGAACCCCCUCAUGAUUUUCCUCGACCUGUCCAAAAAGAAUGCACAGGCUAUUGCGCUUGCAGAAAUCAUUAUCGACUACUGCAUUGACACAGCCAAAGCCAAUAGGGACCCUAGCUUUCUCGCGCCUGUCUCACGUUCUCUUGCCACUUUGGUUGAACGCAAUGGUCCUCACUCGGAACUAGCGCUCAAGACUCUGCGAGGUUUUGCCUAUGUACCCGUCAGCCAUCGCUCCUAUGUGAUCGAGCACCCUACCUGGCCUCUUUUUCGCCGUGAGCAUAGCCUCGGAUGUUUGUUCGAGUUACGGGUUGUCAAGAGUGUCUGUCAUUUCGUCACGAUCAUCAUCCAAGUCAUCAGAGCGAUCCGCGUAUUCUUCCUUGUCUUUGCUGCGGGUCUCCUCGGUUUCACAAUUGCGAUUCUUCACCUUCUUCGCGGUUGUGUCAACAGCUCAUGCUCCAAUCUCUCAGAAGGGUUUCCAACAAACUUUCUCGAGUCCAUCUUAGCCGUGUACUUUGUCAUGGGCGGUCGAUAUGAUCCAUUCGAUAACAACUUUAAAUCGGGCGGCUUCGCGUUUCACUUCAUCUUGAUCGUGUUCUUCUUCUUCACGGUCAUCCUCAUGUUGAAUGUGCUUAUUGCGCUAAUCAAUCUGGCAUUCAACGACGGCGACCAGACAUGGCGCCUAACAUGGCUGGAAAACAGGAUGCGUUAUGUCGAAAGUGCCGAAAACAUGACCUAUAUCCACCCAGUCUUUUAUUCCGCGACGCCACAACAGGUCCGGGACUACGACAGGGAGACUAAGCAGUUGAUCGAAGAUUUUGCACCGACAGUCGCUCGACCUGAUGGGGCUUCGAAGGGAGGUGGAGGGGAGGAUGACAAUACCAGCAUGCAGCUGCACUUUGAGCAGAAGCGAGCAAUUGACGAACUAAGGUCGGAGUUGAAGUGCGGGCUCAAGGAGGACCUGCAGUCUCUGAGGGACGAGAAUGCGUUGUUACGGGUGCAGGUGAGCGAGCUGCAGCUGCAAUUGACCACCCUGCCUGGUGAGAUCGUGGCCCUACUGAGGGCAUACGAGACUCAGCCCGGUCGUACACAUUGA